AUGAAUGCCGAUGUUAUAAAAAGAACGAAUCCGGCUGACGAUUAUGAAUUGCUUCAACGCGUCGGUUCUGGAACUUAUGGCGAAGUUUAUAAAGCGCGAGACAUUCGAAGCGAUAGUUUGGCAGCUGUUAAAGUUGUCAAAUUAGAAUCCGGCGAUAAUUUUGCGGUUAUUCAACAAGAAAUUAUGGUUAUUCGGGAAUGCUCACAUCAAAAUAUCAUCGCUUAUUACGGGAGUUAUAUUAGACGAGAUCGUUUAUGGAUUGUUAUGGAAUAUUGUGGAGGUGGAAGUCUUCAAGAUAUUUAUCACUGUGAGUUUUUUCCUUGAAUAAAAAUGAUAAUUUCAUUAAGUUUUUUGUAGUGACCGGCCCAUUAUCGGAACUUCAAAUUGCGUUUGUGUGCCGCGAAACGUUGAGAGGUCUGGAUUAUUUGCAUAAUAUGGGAAAAAUUCAUCGAGACAUCAAAGGCGCCAAUAUUCUUUUAUCAUCAAGUGGAGAUGUAAAGUUAGCUGAUUUUGGAGUUGCUGCUCAAAUCACAGCAACAAUGGGAAAACGAAAAUCAUUUAUUGGAACUCCAUAUUGGAUGGCACCUGAAGUUGCUUGCGUUGAAAAACGAGGUGGUUAUGGAAUGCAAUGUGAUGUUUGGGCGACUGGAAUUACAGCGAUUGAAUUAGGAGAAUGUCAACCACCUCUUUUUGAUCUUCAUCCAAUGCAAGUUUUAUAUCUGAUGACAAAGAGUAAUUAUAAACCACCACAUCUAAAAGAUAAACAUCGAUGGUCUCCACUUUUUCACGAUUUUAUUCGACAAUGUCUCACAAAAAAUCCGAAAAAACGACCAUCUCCUGAAAAACUUCUAACAACUCAUCCGUUUGUUCUUGGUUCAUUAUCAGCUCGAAUGACAAGAGAUUUAUUGGAUAAAGUUAACGGAGCUCCAUCUGAUGUAUAUAAUAGAAUGUCAAAAGCUUCUGAUGAUUUAACUGAAGAAGAAAGUGAUUUAGAUGAAGUAUCAACCCCAGAUGCUCCUUCAAUUUGUCUCGAUUUAACACCAAGAGCAACAACAUCAACGUAUUCUACAGAAAGAACAUUACCAGCAAAAGAAAUGCAACCACUUCCUGAUGUUGUUGGCGGCGAUGCACUUUUACAUAAUAGUGCAAAUGGUGUGAUUAUUGAUGAUGAAGAAGAGACAAUUCGUGCACCGAGAGCACCACCAAGAACUCUUCGAGCUGCGCAAAAAGCAGCAGCAAAUGAGAUUAUUGAUAGAACACCUACAGACGAUCAAGCACCAACAAAGUUCUUUGGAAUGCCGAUCACACCAAAAGUUCCAAUGGGUGCAUGUUUCUCAAAAAUGAUUGAUUCAACAGAUCUUCGUAUAAAUUGCUCAACAUCUUGGGUUCAUCCAUUAACCGGGGCACAUUUAUUACUUUUUGGAACUGAACAAGGAAUUUAUUCAUUUGAUACUGAUGAAUUGCCAGAUGGAAAUAUCACAAAAAUUCAUCAUAGACGGUGUUCAUGGAUGUUUGUAUAUUCAGAUAGAUUGAUCGCAAUUCAAGGGAAUACUCCAUAUUUGUAUCGGUGAGAUAAAUGGAAAUAUUCACCAAAAAAAAUGUAUUUUUCAGACAUGAUCUUCUUGCAUUGACUCAAAAAAGUUUGACACUAAAAAUGAGUAAAAAUUUGAAUAAAAUUCCUGAAAAAUAUGUUCCAAAACGAUUGGCAAUAACAGUUCGAAUGCCUGAAACACGUGGAGCAUUUCAAUGUACAAUUAAAAAAGGAGAUGGAGCACAAGCAAGUUCGCUGUUUUUGUGUUGCGCGGUUCCGAAUAAUGUUCACUUAUUUCAAUGGUAUAAACCGAUGCAACAAUUUGUAUUGAUGAGAACUGAAGCAUUGAGAAGUGAUAUACGAUUCCCGAUCAGACCUUUUAGUGUAAGUUGAUUUUUAAUGGGACGACGUGUCAAUAAUAUUUAUUUAAACAUUUUUUCAGCUAAUAAACUCUCGAAGAUCAGAUUUUCCUCAACUUUGUAUUGGAGUCGGAAAAAUGGCAUCAUCUUCUGAUUAUCAAUUUGAUUUGAUUAAUUUUUGUUCAAGCACAAAGGUUAGUUUCUAAAAAUUGUCAAAAUGAAAAGUUCUAUGUUUUUUCCGAGCAGAACUUUUCAUCAUUUUCGCCCCAUUCAAUUCAAAAAGCGAAACUAAUCGAAUUCUUUUUUUUUUUUGCAAAAAUGUUAUUAUUUAUUAUUUUUUUUUUCAACUAUCAAUAUUUUGGGGUUUCCAGAACACUGAAAAAGACACUCUUCCAAUUUCGGAUUUCGAGAAUCUUGCCGAAGAUGAAAUUCUGGAUGUUGGCUCAUUUCUUCAAAUCGAUCGAGACACUCUUUGUUUUUCCUAUCGAAACAAAGUUGUGCUUACAAAUUUGGAAGGUGUCGAAACACGUCGACCUUCGAUUUUCACUUUCAAUUUUCAUAUCGAAUAUUUGCAUGUUGUUGAUAAUACAAUUCUUGCAUUUCAUUCGAAUGGAGUACAAGGAAGAGAUUUGAAGACAAAUGAAAAUGUUCAGGAUUUAUGUGAUAUUUCAAGAAUUUAUCGGGUUAUUGGAGAUGAUGAAAGGUUUGUUAACCAUUUUUUGGAGUUUAUGGGAGAGGGUUUCAGAAUUAACUAAAAGGUCCCUUCUCCUUCUUUUCACAACUUCUUUUGUCAGAACUCUACAAAAACUCUAUUCUUAUUUCAGAGUUAUCAUUUUGAAAUCGCAACAAAUCUCAAAAUCGGGUGACACGUGUGAUAUUAGUCUACUAACUGGUCAUUCAAAUACUCCAAGUUUAUAA